AUGUCAGAUGAGUGGAAGUUGAUGCCCGCUGGGAUUGUGCUGACUCUGUUCUGGCAUGGGCGAAGCCACGCGUGGCAGCUGCGCCUUACUGCCCUCCAAUCUAUGGAAGAGCUGCUCCCUUCGGCUGCAGAGGCCGACGGUCGGGAAGCGGAGCUUGAAGGCUUUUGGCAUAGCACGCUCCGCUGCCUCCAGGCAGCUACCGAGCCUCACGCCUGUGUGCGCCUCGGCGCGGUCCACGUCUUGGGCCGCUUGCAGAGGCUUUCAAAGCGACGUGCGACAGAGGCCGUGGCUGAGUUGCGAGCUGUGGCCGACAGUGAUCCCGACACAGAUGUUCAGGAUGCAGCCCAGCAGGAGCUUGCGUAG